CUGCAUUGGUCGACUGUCCAGCCUUGGUUGCGGUCGCUUGCGGAUUGGGCAAUGGCAAUUUGGCAUUGAAGUGUUGAUGCCUUCAAGCGUUCAGUGCCGGUAGCUAUAUGGUGCUUCCAUGGCAUUCAAGGCGCCUCUGCAAGUCCUUAUCGCGCUCGGGGAAUAGCUGUAUUGCUGUCGCAUGUUAGCAUUUGACAGUUUGUGAACCUGGAUAAUUGUCUGAUGGACACUUCUGUCUGAAUAGAGGUUGCUUUAUCAAACAGUCAGCUUGAAACGUUGACAGAAUCAUAGACAGACUUAUACGUCUUCAGCAAGCUGGUGAUUGGCUCAGUACCCUAGCUAUAUGGAAGUGGUCCCAGUGCAGUUGCUCGUAUGAGUUGCCACAAUCAUAUUGUUGCGCCGAGCGACUGAUACUAUCCGGUGAAGGCCCAGGUUUGCGCUGUUCACUUUCUAUCUGGGGUCCCACCCCCGGCAAAAGGUGAACAAGCUGUGUGUGAGAAGCUAUGGGGAGGGGAUGUCAAUUCUGAGCGAGAUGGACAACAAACAGAGGCAACCGAAAGAACCACCUGUUUCGGACGGCAAUCCCCAGGAGUUGUGGCAGACCCUUCAGCACUUGAAGGCGCAGUACACUGAAAGGCUCAAUGAUGUCAAACGGACAACCAUCUCUGAGCUUGCAAAGCUCUCUAAUCAGGGAAGGCCCCAGCUUCAAGCAGAAUUGAAAAAGUGGAAGGGCUUUGCUGAAGAAGCUCUGACCAUACUUCAGGCCCCCGACCCAAAGACUGCUGCGCUUUUGAGGCAAUCACGCUUCCCAAAGGGCUCGGCUUAUUUGGAAAAGCAAUUGGAGAAGCCUCUCACUACCUGGGAGAACAGAAAGCGAACAUGGGCGAGUUGGCAACAGGCGGGGCGACAGGGAACAACACCUAGCCAGACCCAAACACCUUCGGACGGACAAGCGGUUGCAACAAAUGGGUUGCCAAGGCAGCAGCCAGAGCAGCACACACAGCGCCGGCCGCAGCAGGGGGGAUCAGGGGAGCGGCCACCAAACGUUCUUUCAGCCCGACCAGUUCCCCAGCCGCAAGCUGUCCCUCCUCAGGCGCAGAAGGCGGCUUCAAAAGACCACUUACUACUCAGCGAGCAAAGGCGGUUGCACUUACAAGCUCUGAAUAAGCAGGCCCCAGUGACGGCGCAACCGGCCCCCCCAAAGCAGGCGCAGCAGACUGCCCUGCAGCAGAGACAGCCGCUACAAGGCCCCGCGGUGGGGGCCAAGGGGCCGCAGCAGUCGACCUUGGACAGAGUUAUGCACGCUUUUGCGGUCAGAGCGAGCUUGAGCGUUGCGGAAUUCACUGAGAGGGUGCGAUCGAACCCUGCACUCAAGGAAAGGGUUAAGCUUGAGGUCAAGAAGCUCCAGCAACGCAUCGCGCAGGGUGCAAGCGCACAGGGCACUGCUGCGGCGACCGCUCCAAACUCCAAGGCGCCCCCCAAUAUCCCCUCGCUUCCAAACGUCAUCCCUCCAGCGACUUCGCCAGCAACGCAGGCGCCUCCAGCAACAAGCCCCCGGUCGGCGCUACCCGUCCCGCCACCUUCGCAGAUUCAGCCUCUUCCACCGCUCCCACCGCAAGUUGUCAAACAUUUGCAAGGACUGAGCUUGGAACAACUGCAAACCUGCAUGGCAAGGUUGAGAGAGAGGCUAGCCGACGAAGAAGAACUUCAAGAAGGAGCUCCGAUUGCUUCGAUCUUGGGGAGGCUCAGUCGGAUCCGCCUCUUACGUCAGCAGAUUGCUUUUUGUCAGCAGCGCGCAGAAAAGCUCGCGGGCCGCGAUGCGGCUGUGCCGACGCCCGGUGCAAAGGGGGCCGGGGUGAGUCCCUCCAACGUGAACGCGGCCACAAGAGGUGUGAACGGGGUCGGGAGGGGUGUCAACGGGUCAGUAAGAGGUCUGAAUGGGUCCGGAACAGGUGCGCCUACGGCCGGACAGGGUGCGAACGGAACCGGCAGAGGCGUGACUGGGGCCGGAAGAGCUGUACACGGGGUCGGAAGGGCUGUGAAUGCGGCCGGAAGAGGUGCGAAUGAGGGCGGAAGCGGUGUGAGAGAAGCUAGUGCUCCUUUACCCGGGGUUAGCGCUGACGGGGUUGGUGUAAACAGGGCAACUGGUGGAGGGUUCGCUGAUGGGGACGGUGUGAGAUGGGGCAGUGUGAAUGGGCAAGGCGGAGAAAAGACCCUCGCAAUGAGGAUGAGUGAAAUCGGGCGGGGUGUUAAUGGCGACAAGGCUCCUGAUGCUGGAGCGCGUGAGUCUGGCGCUGGUCGGGGCAAUGUGAACUGGAGCCGUGUGAAUGGGGCCAAUGUGAACAGGGGCGGUGUGAACGGUGCAAGUGGGGCGAAGCCCGCUAACCUCGGUGCGAACGGGGCAAGCCCGGAGGGUGCUACCGCACACGGUGUGAACGGGACCAGCCAAGGUCCGGCUGCCAUGAAAACUGGCGUUGACACUGGCCGGGCGGUGAUUCCUAGCGCGAACGGAGGCAUUGCGAACGGGGCUACUGCGACUGGAAGCGGUGUGAAUAGAGAAGGAGGGGUAAGGGCGGUCACGCCAGGCAGUGUGAACAGGCCCUGCCAGGGGGCAUCUACACCCGGACCUAUCCAAAUCAUGCCGCCAAUUCUACCGAAUUCGGGGAGCCGACGAGCGCCAACAAAAGCUGGGGGGCCCGCAGGCACGCCAAAUGUUACCCCCACGAAUGCGGCCGCGCAAGCAUCGGCGCAACCGUGUGCGCGCACGCUUCCGAAAUCUGUCAAAGUCUUCCGCACAGUGACGAUAAACGGGGAGGAAAAACGGGUGGAGACGGAUCCCCAGCAGAUUGCGUUGCUCUACCGGAGGUUGGCGGAGAGGCGUGCGGCCGGGGGGGCUCAGAGAUUGGCUCGGGACAGGGCCCCGGGGACAGGGCAGCAGGUCGAUGGGGCGGAGGGUUCGCCUCGGGAAGGGGAACCGGGGCCAGCGCAGCGCGUUGGGGGAGACGGGGAAGCACCGGUUGAGCGGAACAACAAGCGAAAGUUGUCAAGGACCGAGAUGGAAGUCAGGGCCCCCGAAGGGAGAGGGGGGGAGAGGUCGGGACAACCGGGGCAAAGGGGAGGUGCAUCUGGCCUGCCGUUGCUGCCCCGGUUGGACGAGGGUGGCCCUCCGGAAAAGAAGCUGAAGGCGCAGAUCGAGGAGCUGAGCGCGAGGCUGGGGGAUGCGGACGCGUACGCUGAUGGCCCCCCAAAGAUGGGAGAAACGCAAAAAGCAGUCCCAGAGUCAGCGUCCGCAGCCGGCGUGGGGCCCGAGGAAGGAACGUCACAGCGUAAACAGGACUGGCCGCCGAAGGCCGAUGCGGAUCUCAACGUAUGUGCAAUUUGCGAGGAAGAAUGGGACAACGAGCGCCGCAGAACUGUCAUCAUCCCUGGGCUGAACUACAAGUGCGGGCAUGCGCUCUAUUGCAACAAGUGUUUAGAGGAUUUUUUUGAAAGGAUGAGCGAAAAGGCAAAGACUGGGGCUUUUCAUUAUGAAUGUCCCAGCAAGUGUAAUCUAGGUCCGGAUAUGCCAAGGUUGAUGCCCGUAUUCAUCGGUUGCUAAGAAGAAUAAGAGUUUAGUGAUCUGCUUAACCGGCAACUUGCUUUGCUCUUAAUAAGGUGAUCGAUGAAAAUGUACACUUUCAUUCUCAAUACGAGAUGGCCAAAGCAUUGGCGCUUGCUGGAGUAAAAGGUUUGCAG